AUGGCCUGGAUGCGCGAUAUCCGAUCCGGACAUGAGAGAUUGCCACUCUCGUCGACAAAGAAAAACCAUGCUAUAAUAAUUCACACGAAGCGACAAAUCGGACAAGUAAUCACAUCUGGGCAAUCGUUUCUUCACACGUUAAAGGCCAUUGCUGAUGGCAUUACGAAAAACGAGACGAUAAAAGGCAAUCCGAUGAUUUCCUUCACGAAACCAAAAAGAGAUGGAUUUGUUCACCCGAUUGGAGCGUUUAUGGCCUAUGGGAUACAUGAGAAAUACGAUAUAGAGGAAAAUGCUGUCUCUGACUAUGCUCGAAUGCAAAAUGGAAAUAUGUUCUUUGCUUUUCGAGGUUCUCAAGAAAAUGAUCGCUUUGCUUAUUCACAUGCCACUUUUUUAUGGACCGCGGAAGAAACGGUACUGGUUGGAGACAAGAAAGUCACAAAACAGAUUCCGCUUCCAUUCAUCUACAACGUUGACUUCUUACUACACGAAAAGGAUCAAAUGAAUUCGGAACCGAUAACCAGUGAUGAGAUUUUGGAUAUAAUGAAUCAUAAACCGAAACAGAUGUCUCUUGGCGGUAUUCGUUUGGAGUUAAAAUGGGAUUCGUGGUCUUGUUGUAGUGCUUGUUGUUGUGACGAGCUGGAUUGUGGGAAUUGGCAUGCUACAAAUUGUCACGAUGUCGAGAGCUAUCGAACUCGUCGGGGACUUUACCAUUUUACAAAAGUAAAUGACGCAGAGUUGAGGAAAAAUGACUCCGAAAGAGUUGCCGAUUUAUUCGAUGUAAAACCAUACAAAACAACAGGAAUUCCUGUGGCUUCAUCGAUUUGGAAAGUGUUUCCAAAAAUGUGGAAACGAAUGAACAAGCUAUUCAAGUUAUCGACAGAAGAAAUGUCGUUUGUGUGGAAACAAGUUUUUGAGAUGGCCGACUGUGCAAAGGAUAAUCAAAAGAAAAAUUGUACGGCGUGGGACAUUUGCCAUGGAAUCGAUCGUAAAAAUAUUCCAAGGGUGCAAAACGAUGUAAUCGACCCAUGUAGUGGACUCGAGAUUAAGGAGUUUAAAGCGAACGCGAAGAAAAGGGAGCUCAUUGUUGAAGAGGGUGCCGUCUACAGAAUUGUUAUUGAUUUUGAUCACUACGAGCAAGAACCAAUGGAAGUAUCUUGGACGAGAGCCGCUCAAAAAGUGAACGAUAUGGAAAUUGAUGAUUCGUGUGAGGAAAUACAAACACUUUAUCGACAUCCAAAUAAGCGG